AUGUUGACGCCGCCUCGCCAUUCUUGGCUUAUACACGUACUUGUCUCCAUCGCCGUCCAGCGUUGUAUAGCUCAACACAGCUUCAAGCUGCCUAUGAGCCGUGUACAGCGAGGCAAGGUAAACGCCUUUGGGAACGCCUUCAGUAGUCUAGCACCCGUAUCUCAAGUCAAAGAAUUUGCCUACACGGUCAAUAUCACAAUUGGAGCUGAAACUCUCGAACACAUAGUCGAUACAGGCUCUUCCGAUUUGUGGACUGUCAGUAAUAAAUGUACGGAUACUGACUGCCAAAGCGUCAGAAAAUAUCAAUAUCUAUCCAGCAGCCUGGUGCCUUCUCACGAUCCAUUCAAGCUGAAUUACCUGUCCGGAUCGGUGUCCGGAGACAUCAAUUUCGAGACAGUUACUAUAGGCUCCUACGAAGUCUCACAUCAAGUCUUCGCACUCGCAAACAAAACCGAGAACCUUGGUCUAUCUACUACGGGCAACUCUGGCAUCAUGGGACUCUGUUUUGCCCCUUCUGCGUCUAUACCCCCUACGACUGGCAACACACUCAUGGACAACCUAUUCUCAUCUCUGCCAGAGGACAAACGCUACUUCGCUAUCAAACUUGGCCGAGACAGCGUCAACGAUUCGUCGUCUUCUCUUACUUUCGGGGAGGUUGAUACAGACUACGCUAGAUCUAUCGAUGACUUUGCUUUUACCCCUCUUUCCAAGGACGGGGCUACGGACUACAAUUUCUGGAAAAUACCUCUGCGCUCGCUUACGGUAGAUGCUGCUACACUCGAUCUAUCUCCUUCCCUCGUUCCUGGCGCUAAAUCACCUAUCGCGGUACUCGACACAGGUACAACUCUUGUUCUGGGACCAACGAUCGACGUGGACGCCUUCUGGGGGAUGGCCGGUCCCAGCGGCUCAGCUCGGAAAAAUCCCAUCUCCGGCCUUUGGGAAGUUCACUGCAAUCGCAGCAUCGCGGCUGGCUUCGUACUCGGCGAUAAGGGUGCCGAGAAGGAAUAUUUCGUCCAUCCAAGAGACCUUAGCUGGAUAGACGGCGGACAGGCUAAUGGUUGGUGCCUAGGCGGCAUUCAAGCCAACGAUGGUGUUAAUUCCGGAGACUGGUUGCUCGGCGACACGUUCCUCCGCAAUGUGUACACUAUCCAUCACGGCGCAACAUCGACGGAGCCUCCCAAGAUAGGUUUACUCAAUCUGACCGAUCCCUCUAAGGCCGACAGCGAGUUCAGGGCUGAGCGAGGCAUUGAGUCUAGUUCUCCUUUACCCAAUGCGUUACCAGUCCACAAUAGGCUGACGCAGGCGGCCUCUGAUUCGAUCACUUCGUACAUUGCGUCCAGCAUAUGCGGAUUUAUGGGUGGCGCCGUCUUGACGACCCUCUUUCGAGCUCGUGCACUAGUCAUGGCAAAGGGUCGUCGCGUUUGA